AUGACCAGGUCUGCGCAGGAGGAGCAGGGGUCAGUGGAGUCGGAGGAGCAGCAGGAGCUCCGCAGCCCAGGAGGAGGAGAGGAGGAGGAGGAGGAGGAGGAGGAUCAACUCAACCAUCUGGACGAGGAAGACGAUGAUGACGAUGAAGAGGAAGAGGAGGAGGAGGAGGAGGAAGAUGGUGAAAACAAACCCAAGCGGCGAGGGCCAAAGAGGAAGAAGAUGACAAAGGCUCGAGUCCAGAGGUUCAAGGUUCGUCGGAUGAAAGCUAACGCCCGGGAAAGGAAUCGCAUGCAUGGGCUUAAUGACGCUCUGGAGAGCCUGCGAAAAGUCGUCCCAUGUUACUCCAAAACUCAGAAACUGUCCAAGAUCGAGACGCUCCGCCUCGCCAAGAACUACAUCUGGGCCCUUAGCGAGAUCUUGCGCUCGGGGAAAGCUCCCGACCUCAUGAGCUUUGUCCAGGCGCUCUGCAAAGGUCUCUCUCAGCCGACCACUAACCUAGUGGCGGGCUGCUUGCAGCUGAACCCUCGGACUUUCCUGCCGGAGCAGACACCAGACCUGCCGGCUCAUCUUCCCCCAGCCGGCACAAGUUCCUAUCCUGGACACUACUCUUACCAGAAUCCAGGGCUGACAGCCGGUCUGCCCAGCCCACCCUAUGGUACCAUGGAUCCCUCCCACAUCUUCCACCAGGUUAAAGGUCAGCCGUAUGGCCCCUUGGAGCCCUUCUUCGAUGGGGUCCUGGUUUCGGACGGGCCAGCGUUUGACCCACCCCUCAGCCCACCACUCAGCAUCAAUGGAAAUUUCUCCUCGUCCUUCAAGCAUGAGGUCGUCGCGGCUGCCGACUACGACAAGAGUUUCUCCUUCAGCGUGCACUAUGGGGGAGGAGGAGCUGGGGGACACAAUGCCAUGUACGGUGGUGGGGGGAACAACCAGCGGUGUGGUGAACUGCAGGCGGACGGGCUGAUGGGCUUUGAAGGACACUCGCACCACGAGCGGAUGAUGAACGCCCAGUUGAACGCCAUCUUCCAUGAGUCCUGA